AUGGACGAGAACAACGCUGAGGACUUUUCUUUUGACGCUCGCACCACAAGUCAACAAUUCCAACAACGAUUACUUGCAGCUCAACAAAGUAGUACCGAACGGCAGAUUAAAGAAAGCAUUGAAUCACGCAAUGUCGACCCCCAAGAGAACAAUCAGGUCCCUCUCGAAGAGCAACGUCGACUACUCUCUGACCAAGUCAAGGCACUGGAGAAGGAGGUGGCCAAACUAAGAUAUGAUUUGAAGAUACAACGACAACGUCGAGAAAAGGAAGCGUCCGUGGUGAAGAUGACACCUGAACAACGAGCACAGCUUCAAGAUGAUGAAGAACAAGUCGACGAUCCUAUGGAUUUGGAUGUUAUCUUUGAUUACUUGAUUCGUAUUGCGAGUGCACCUCUUCCAUCCAACGCAGCCGACAUAUCCACAAGCGAUUUUAUACAGUCACAUGCUGAACUUCGAGAACGAGCAAUGCAGGAUCCUGAGGUUCGAUCCCAAAUCGAUUUUGCACAUAUUGAAUUCACAAAGGCAUCCAACAAGAUUGAAUACGCAGAUGGCCCAGGCACUGUACGACAUUGCGAAUUGUGUGGAUCAUCAUACGGCCAACAAUUUACUGUGACAUUCACUAUACGACAAGAUCAACUAUGCAUUGAAAACCUCAAGGUUGAAGUUGGCAUGGAAACACAAUUCGAACUGUGUACUUUGCUUAAAAGGAUCGAAGAAGAGUGCAACCUCUUAGGAUUCUUUCGGCUCUUGAUACACUAUGGUCGAUUGAUCGAUGACCGAAGGACAUUAUUUCAACGUUUGCAUGAAUUAUACUCGUCAGCAAUCACUGUGGAAGACAUUGGGAGCAAUACAUUGAAAUUUUACAGAGAGCAAGACCAUGAAAUACGGCUGAUAUGGGACAUAAACAUCCUUAGCAUGGACGUGUCGAUCAAUAUCUGUGAGCAAGUCAUCCCCAAUAUAAGGAUGGAAGCAUAUACCACUGGAUCACCUGAAAGGGAAGAAUUAUACACCCGUAUUCCGGCCAAUUUUGCUCGAUUAGUAUCCAUGAAGGGGACCUUUGCUGCUACACGCAUCAUGCUAGAUGCUGUUUUCGGAUUGAAAUAG